UCCGUAAAAUCUUCCUAGUUCCUCAAUUAAUCUUUCAUUCGAAUAAAAAAAGGUCAUAUUAAAAAUUCCCGAACUGUGAAUUUUAACAGCACGAAAUUAACCUGAACAGAAAGACAGGAAAAUUGUUGAAACGUGCACAAGAGUUUGGCGACACAAGGCGUAGAAAACGGGGUUUCCGAGCGCGAUGGAGGACAAGGAAAACAAACCGAAGAUGCUAAACUGCAUGAUGAAAGGUCCCGGGCCGAAAUACGCUCUGAAGACGUUAGUUGGGUAUGUCGAUCACGAUCCAUCCAAGCAUAGAAAUCCGGCAUACAGUAUGCGUUUCCGGCCAUCUCGAGCCGAGUACAGCGUGGGACCAGGCCCCCGUUAUAAAACCGACAAUUUAACUAACCAUGGACCGCAAAGAUCGCCGGCAUUCACCAUAGGCUCCAAGCCACACACGAGACUGGGGCAAGCCGAUCCCGGACCAGGGGCGUAUUCUCCAGAAAAAUGUCCUCCCAUGAACCACAACCCCAGACCUCCAGCUUACUCGAUUCAAUGGAGAUAUAAAGACAGAUACAGCGACUGUGGACCGGGACCCAGCGCCUACAUUUUGCCGAGCUGCAUAGGUCCAAAUAUUCCGGAUAAAUUGGCCCAAGGCGCCUUCUCUAUAGGAACUGUAAAUAAGAGGUUUCGCUCCGCUGAUGGACCUGGACCGGCUAAUUAUGGAGGCCAAAAUUAUGACUUGAUAAGGCGUCGUUAUCCUGCGUUUAGCAUAGGAAGUCGGCUGAAAGCAUUUGAACAAACACCAGGACCUGGCCCGCGGUAUCUUCCGCGCUUUAACACAGGAAAAAAUCCACCUAUGUACUCAUUCGGAAUUAAGCACAGCGAGUGUGCGCCGCCUCCUAUUACGGAAUGUGACGAGGAUUUAUGAAUUUUUCCAGCGUUCCUAA